UCUCUCUCUCUCUCUCGUUUCCAAACCCCAUGAAAGAUCCAUGGUUGUUCUCAAACACUUGCCGGCUUUCAACCAAAAGCUCAUCCAAUAAGGCAACGAAGCCGAGAACUCUUCUUGCUCAUCUCUGCUGCUGUCUUCUAAGGAUCCACUGAUAUCCCUUUCUCUCUCUCUCUCUCUCUUCCAUUUCUUGUCUGUUUAAUGGACUCAGCUAAGAGUAGCAGUCUUCAACCGUCCGGGGGUGGCGACGAUGAGUUUGGUUCUCCCGCCGCUCCUCUGUCCGCCUUCUUCCGCUCCAGAACUAACACCUCGGACGCCGCCACCUUGCAACCAUCACCCUACUACUACGGUGACUACCACUUCGACUCGCUCUCCACCCGUCCUUUCACCAGUUUCCCGUCCACUGUAACGUUUUCCUCCUCACCGCCAUCUGCCUCCGUCUCCCAUGGCGCUGGCGUCGGUGCAUCACCGGCGCAACAACUACCUGACCAGUCUAACGUCGCUGCUGCGACACCUGCGACGGAACGGAGCUCUAAGAAGCGGUGCAGGGCGUCACGGCGUGCCCCGACGACGGUGCUCACCACCGACGCCUCCAACUUCCGCGCCAUGGUGCAAGAACUCACCGGCAUCCAGUCCUUCGCGGCCUCCCCCUCCCCUUGCGCCGGCGCUCGCCUUGGCAUCUUCCACUCUGCCGCUGCCUCCCGUUCCUACUCUGACCCUCUGUUGCCGGCGUCAUCUUUCUUGCUCCCUCGCCCCUUCAUGCAGAAGGUCCAGUCUCCUUCCUUCCUUCCCAUCUCUUCUACUUCCCCUGCUCAUUCUAGCUCCGCUGUUACUGCCAUUAAUAGCAUCUCCAAUGCCACCACUAGUAGCGAUGGACAUCGUUCAGCCAGUAGCAAAAGCUACCAACUACGUUCGUCAUCACAUAUUCUUCUGCAGCGAGAAGUAUAUAUGAAGGAGCAACUGCAAGGCGAAGAUAUGAUGGAGGAGAUAAAGAAGAGGUGUAGAUAGCCAAAGAGGAGGAAGAUUGAGUUACUGCUUCAACCUAAUUGGUAUUGGUGUUGACACAAUGAUUAAUGUGCUUACCUUAGCUCUUGCCGUAGAUCUCCAGUGAGAUAGAUAUCACAUGAAGAUUAUAAGAGAUGUGGUGGUGCAAGGCAGUAAUGAGACAUAUAUAUAUAUCUCAUGUGUACCAUGUUCUGAUGGAGUGGGAAUGAUUGGUGAAGAUUGUUGAGGCCUCAUCACAAACUAAAUUGCCUGCUUGCUUCACGCCUGUUUGUGAAGAGCAUCAAAUGCCUAUUUAUGCUGUUGUUUUGUGGUCCUAAAAUACUUUGGGUUGAACUGUGAUGUGAUGUGUGUGUGAAAUGACGUCGGGUUGCU